UCGAGUUCUAAGUAGGCUCAAUCGAAAGCUUGGGGUCGAUUUAUAUUAGAAAACUAUUUUUAUUUUUCCUCUACAUGUCCUAUGAAUGGAGAUAUCGCGACGCAAAAUCCGAAAAGCCAAAAUUUCAUUUUAAGAUACGUCGUCGUCAUCGUCAACCUUGUAGGUGCUUGUAGGUAAAGACCUAUAAUCAAAGGCUGCGUUCCGUUUCAACGCAUGAUGCGCAUAAUGCAUUGUUCAUCCUUGUUUAACGUUUGACAAACAACAAGGAUGAACGAUGCAUCAUGCGUAUCAUGCGUGAAACGGAACGUACCCAAAGAUGCGCCACCAUGACUGCCAUCCACCAUCUUGUACCCAUACGGAGACUGGAUGGGGGCUGGGGCCGGUGGCUGGGGUCUGGAGUAGUGGAGAUAGUAAACUAUGUGAGCCUGCUUCAAGUUGUACGCAGCCAUAUAACAGAUGCAAAUUUAAUUUUUCUUGUUCUUUCUGAGUGUAUCGUCAAAAUAUAGUGACCCUCAAGAGUGCAGAGAUUGAAUUACCUUAUAAUUUCUGACACAUAUUCCUUUAACCUAUUGUAAGUUUAAAAAAUUUAUUUUUCUUUAAUUACGGGAACGUGGUUACUUUCACCAGGAAGAUCGAGGAUGGACUUUUCUUUAGGAUCUAGGCCGGUUCGAGAAAUCAACUGGUUUCUUUAGUAACAAGGUUCCAGGCUCCGACUGACUUGCUCCGGAUCCGCAUCUUCCUUGGAGCCGGGAGUUGACAGCCGGAAGAUACUUCUAACGCCAUCUGUGACGCCAUCUACCUCCGUUUUGGCCUCGCACGCCACCUAUUCCACGCCGCCAUCUUAGAUAUACUGGGAGGGACGACGGGCCGACGGUGCCAUAUUGCAGAAGAAUACUAAUACGAAGAAAAAGACGUACGCUCACCAUACCGAUACCGUGGAAGUAUUUUAACUGCUAUCUGAAAGCGGCAAAACGAAUUUCAGACAAUAUUCAUAGUACACUGAGAAUAAAGUGCACUGUAUCAAUUCACAAAAUUAUUAAUUGCCGAUUCUGAAGAAAUAUCCAUCAUGGUUUGCGAUCGUAUGCCCGAUUUGCUUGUCCUUCUCCAGAGCCAAAGCAUCUCUGACGAAGGAUUCCAGCAGGCUCAAAAUCCUCCAGAACUACAGGAAGUGCCCGACGAUAACCAAAGCAACACCUCUGACGAAAAAUUCCAGCAGACUCAACAUCCUCCAGAGUUACGGAAGUUGCUCGACAAUGGCGGAGAGAUACACAACCUGAUUUAUUCUAUAGUUAAGAAAGUUUCUAUCGUGAAGGAUAUGCAUACACAAAUCACGGAUUUACAAAACAAAGAGAAACUUUUACAGUCAAUAUUACGAGGUACACUCGAGACUAACGUAUCUAUAAUUUCAAAGAAGGCUUUUCGAGUACAGCGAAGAUUCAACCAUAUUUUCUCGAUUGGAAUAAUGUCAGGAUUUUAGAUUCCGAAGUUAAUUACCAAAAAAGAUGAAUAACUGAAAUGACUCAUAUUAAAGAACAAACCAACGAAAUAAAUGUACAGAAAGAUACAGUAUCUCGAUAAAUCUUAUUAUUGUUUAUUUGACACCGUGUCUAAACGCGGUUAACGGAAACAAUCUCCAUUCCGUCUUUCAUUGUCAAUUGCACAUACGUCUUGAUACUCUCGUUUUGAUAAUAUCUGCUUAUACUAACUACGCGCAUUAAUUAAUGCAUGUAAGUUCUUCUGUUUUGCUAGCUAUUGUACGAUCGUUUUUACAUUUCAUAAAUAUCAUUUACUCUUUUGUUGCGUUUAGAUAUAUCUCUACUUAAUAUUGGACGAGAGUUUUUUAAUGUUCUUGACUGAGAUUUUAUACCAUUUUUUACCGCACUGCAAUCGACUUUUUCGCUGCCAAACGAACAAAAUAUAUAUUGUUUUUGUGCUCUUUCUGAUAUGUAACACGUUACCUAGCUAUAACACAGAUAUUUUGUCGUUGCUUGCUUAUGAACAAAGACAUUUUUCCGUCUGUUUAUUAUAUUAUGCUAUGUUUUUUAUUUUCUAGCUUUUUAUAUUUUUUGUUGCAGCAAUUAGAAUGGCGACUCACUCGGCAUAAUAUUUACAUUAAUACCAUUUUCAUAAGUUACAAAUACUCAUCUAUUAUUUUUGACUUAACUCAUUUAUUAACUCUUCUUACAUUUUCAUUUGCUUUGCAUUAGGGGAGAGAAGACGGUUACAGACUAGAUGUAAGAUUAUGGAAUUCGCGAUAUCUUGUGUAUUCAGUUCUGGGGAUAACUGUCCGAAUGACUUCUUUACAUACUGUUUAGACGUUAUAAUAUCGCUACUGACCAUUAGUAUUUGUUUUGUUUAUAAAAGCUGCACUUCAUUAGCCGAAUAGCCUAACCGAAAGUUUAGAGGUGUUUAUUUUUUACCUCAUUUUGAGAAAUAUAUCGGGUAUCAAUUUGUUUACAUUAGUGUAAUUUGAAGGGCUUGAAUAUAACUUUCAAAUAACGUAAUUAAAUUUCAUGUGUGACCGUAAUGUGUGCACGCAAAUUUUCAUUUGACGUGUAAAAUUAUACUGCUUGCAUUCAGUCAUGGAUCCUUGCAAUUAUCGCAAGUCUGAAUCCCAUAAUCUCUUUUCUCGUAAUAUUUUAACAAUAUUUUUAGAAUAUUUAGCUAAUAUUGUUUGUUAUAAUACUUUUAUAGUAUUUUUUUACUAUGCAAAGUCGCAAGAGUCAAAGAUUUUUGUAUUUAUACUUUUGAUUCUUUUGUGUAAUAUUAUGUACAAGAUAUUAAUAUUUUUGUGAUACUGAUACUUAAGAUCCGUUCGUUAUGUAUAUUCGAAAAACUACUUAUAACAUGAUUGGUAGAAUUCUAUGGAUAACAAACUUCUACCAACAAGAAUUAUGUCACAAAUUUUUACUGAGUUAUUUAAAUAAAACAAAAUGGUGGUUCGUAAUCCCCUUCUCUCCUCUACCGAGCUUUGUAUUUUGAUUCUUACAAAUAUUUUUCAGUCAAAAAACAGCAUGGUACCCGCCACAUGUGUUCAAACAUCGGCAUGUACAACAAACACGGCCAAAUUGCGUGAACUGCAGCACAUGCAAAAA